GCGCCCCCUGCUGGUGCGCACGCGUUAUCGUUUGGCGAGGGAAGUGCCACCGUGUCCAAAGUGUGCGAUACUCGAGUCUGGUCCGGGGACGUGCGGUUGUUUACAGCGGCUGUGCCAGGUCCAACGUGCUCCAGUUUUAUUGCUGACGGCCUCUCCUCUUCGUUUCAAGGGUCGGUGUAUGAAACCUCCAAUCUGGAUCGAGGCGGCAGCAACAGGAAGAAGAAGAUAGAGGAAUUCUCUAGGUCUUCUCGGGAGAAACUGGUCCAGUCGAAGAACAAAAUGUUCUCCAAAUUCACCUCGAUCCUCCAGCACGCGGUGGAAGCGCUUGCCCCAUCGCUGCCCUUGCAGGAGGACUUUGUCUAUCACUGGAAGGCCAUCACACAUUAUUACAUCGAGACUUCAGAUGACAAAGCUCCAGUCACAGACACCAACAUCCCAUCCCACCUGGAACAGAUGCUGGACAUCCUGACCCAGGAGGAGAAGGAGAGGGAGUCUGGAGAGACAGGGCCCUGCAUGGAGUAUCUCCUACACCAUAAGAUCCUGGAGACUCUCUACACCUUGGGCAAGGCCGAUUGUCCUCCAGGGAUGAAACAGCAGGUGCUAACCUUCUACACAAAGCUGCUAGCCCACAUUCGUCAGCCUCUCCUGCCACAUAUCAACGUUCACAGACCUGUACAGAAACUAGUCCGUCUGUGUGGGGACGUGCUCGCUGCUCCGACAGAAAAUGAAGAGAUCCAGUUCCUUUGUAUAGUUUGUGCCAAACUGAAGCAGGACCCAUAUCUUGUCAACUUCUUCCUUGAGAAUAAGUUAAAGAAACCUGAGUUGAGGAGUCCUGAAAGAGCAGAGUCUGUGAAGGCUCCAGACACUGGUCAGUCUCUCACAGGGGAACAGGCCGGGGGCCCAGAGGAGCCACAGGCUGCUGCUGCUGCCGCCUCCACCUCAAGUCCAACCAGCAACAACAACAACAACAGUCACAAUUACAAUCUGGUCACCUCCCUCCUCAACCUCACAAAGAGCCCUGAUGGCAGGAUAGUGGUGAAGGCGUGUGAGGGCCUAAUGCUGCUGGUCAGUUUACCAGAGCCUGCUGCUGCCAAGUGUUUAAUUGAAAACACGGAGCUCUGUGAGCUUCUGACUGACAGGCUGGUCUCCUUCUACAAAGCCCUGCCGAAGUCCUUGGACCCCCUGGACAUUGAGACAGUGGAGGCAGUCAACUGGGGUCUGGAUGUAUACAACCUGAAGGAGGAUGCUGCUGUGUUCGCAGGGAAGAGGGCUCUCAUCUCCUUCCUGUCCUGGCUGGAUUACUGUGACCAGCUUAUCAAGGAGGCUCACAAGUUGGCUGCUACAGUGAUGGCAAAAGCAGUCAGGGAAAGAUUCUUUGUGUCUGUGAUGGAACCACAGCUUAUGCAGACGUCUGAGGUUGGAAUCCUGACGUCCACAGCCCUGCUGAACAGGAUCAUCAGGCAGGUGACCUCAGAGGCUCUGCUGCAGGAGAUGGUUUACUUCCUGCUGGGAGAGGAGAAAGAUGCAGAGACUCCAGGGACCGUCGCCCAGGCUCCACUCAGACACAGACUCAUUGAGCACUGUGACCACCUGUCCGACGAGAUCAGCAUCAUGACGCUGCGGCUGUUCGAGCAUCUCAUUCAGAAGCCCAACGAGCACAUCCUCCACAGCUUGGUGCUGCGGAGCCUGGAGGAGAGGAACUACCUGGAGAACAAACCGCAGGAGGAGCGGGAGCCCCUGGAGAACGGCCAGCCCCACGACGCCGUGGACCUCGAGGAGGAUCCACUGUUCGGUGACGACCCCUCUCCAGACAGCAGGCUGUCUGGUUCUGAUUGGCUGAGCUCCUCUCCACCGCAGAGUCCUGACCACUCCAAGUCCGACGGGAAGACAGAGGUCCACAAGAUUGUCAACAGUUUCUUGUGCCUGGUGCCUGAUGAGGCCAAGUCAUCUAAUCACGUUGAAGGAACAGGCUAUGACACCUACCUCAGAGACGCUCACAGACAGUUCAGGGACUUUUGUGGGGUGUGCCAGCGGUGGGACUGGAGGGGAAAUCCUAAACCUUUCGAGAAGUGUAACUUGGACAACCCGUUCUUUGAGGGACACUUCCUCAAGGUUCUCUUCGACCGGAUGGGUCGCAUCCUAGAUCAGCCGUACGACGUGAACCUACAGGUGACCGCCGUGCUGUCCAAGCUGUCUUUGUUACCACACCCCCACCUACACGAGUACCUGCUGGACCCUUAUAUCAGCCUGGCCCCGGGCUGCAGGUCUCUGUUCUCUGUCAUCGUCAGGGUGGUGGGAGAUCUCAUGUUGAGGAUCCAUCGCAUCCCAGACUUCACCCCCAAACUGCUGCUCGUGAGGAAGAGAUUAUUAGGUCUGGAGCCAGAGGGCAUCAAUAUCGACCACAUGACUCUGCUGGAGGGCGUGAUCGUGCUCGAGGAGUUCUGCAAAGAGCUGGCGGCCAUCGCCUUCGUCAAAUACCACGCAGCUGCCUCCUCCUCGCCGUAAUCUUUCCUGCUGUUCGUCCAUCUGCCUCGGCCCGGCAGACCGGGGUCGGGAUGAAACCAGGUCUUUGGGGUGUACUGGCACUGGUGACACAGGGUCGGCAAAACAUUACCACUAACCACUCAUCCCUGCAAAACUGUUAAAGCCCACACGGACGUGGUUUCAUCACUCCCUCCUCCUCUCGGGCUCUACUGUAAAAAAAGGUCAGACACUGCCCAGCAGCCAGCGGAGGAAGAGGAGGAGGAGGAGGAGGAGGAGGCGGCGAGAGGCUGAGGUGCAGGAGAUGCUCACUGGACUCUUUCAGCCUCUGCAUUGUCUCUCUCGAUCCCCCCCCACCACCACCAUCUUUCUCUCUCACCAGCCAAAAGAUGAUAGCCCUGUAAUUACUAUGUCAAGGGGAAAAGAUGUUGUGUAUUUAUUUCCUGUCCCGUUGUCACCCAUUUGUAAAAGUCAAUGCCUUAGUGUGGGAUCACACCUUUCAGUUACAGAAAACUGUUUCUUUUUGAAACAUUUAAAAAAAACAAUCUCUGCUCUCUCACAUGUUGUCUGUUUGAAGACAAGAGGCUGCAGAGAAACUACCCACGACUCCUCAACCCUUAUGUGUGUGUGUGUGUGUGUGUGUAUGUGUGUGUGUAGUUACAAAAGUCCUGACGUGCAGUAUUUACGAUACUGCACCCCCUUUUUAAAUACCAAGUCGUCUUAUUAUUUAUUUGUUUGCUUUCAGGUUGCCUUUUUAAACUCGCUUGUGCUGUCAGAGCUCAUCUUUGAUCACCGUCGCCCAAAGAUCCAUCUCAUUUUCUUCUGUGAAAUGGUGAAUUUUGCAAGUUAUGCUGAAUUUGCACAUGAACCUCAUUGCAUCACGUUGCACGUGUUACAUUGUUCGACUUCAUUCAUGCCUUUUUUGUCGUUGGCUUUUAGGAAAGAGGCGUCUUGUUUUUGAUUCUCCAGCAGAUUUUGUUCAGAAAUCUCGCUUCUCCAGACCCAGUGUUGAUUUUCUCACACAGUGUUUAAUUAAAUCCGAGAUAAUCUGUGUUAUUAUUUUUACACCAAUAAUUAGUUUACUCUAGUCAUGGGAGGGUGCAGAGGAAAUACCGUCGCUUACAGCCGUGGAUCUUGAAUCAGAUUGGAUUUAUUUUUAAAAGAUUUAUAAGAAAACCAACCGGCCUUUGUACAAACAAGUGCAAACCUCCUCCAAGGUUAACGGCCUUUCUCGCCAUGCUGAAGAAAAAGAUUCCAGGAUCCCUGUGGAGGAAAUCAGUUGAGUAGUUGUUACGUAUUCUUACAAACGACCACAGGCCGAUGAAAACUUAACCUCCUCGGCAAAGUAGAAAGUAAGAAAAGACAAUUAGAAGAACAAAAUGUAGUCGGUGCAAACCACAGUCUGUGGCUGCAGUGUCCUUAGAGCUUUGUGUUCCUCUGCAAGUUGUCAUCACCUCCUAUGUGUAGUUGCGUUUACUUCAGUAUUACUUCAAAUCAAAGUCUUACCCCACUUACAUCAGGUUCGAAUUCUUCUGAAUCAAGAUGUUAACGUUAACUUAAUUUCCUGUCUGAUGUUGCCGUGCGAAUGCUUCUGCGAUUGGUUGGUUGGUGUGUAUGGCGAUGACCUUGUUCAUGGGUUGUCCGUGUGUGGGCAGAGUCGUGAAUGGAAGCCGUGAGUCCCUGGUCUUGAGCUUUUGAUUUGUUUUUUUCCUCUCUCAUAUCUCAAGCACCUGAACGACAUUAUGCAACAGCUUGCAUGGAAUCAGAUUUGCACAUUGUCUUUCUUCAUCCUCCUUUAUUAUGUAAAUAUAAUUAAAAAAGCUUUUUUUUUUCUUAAAAUAUUUUCUUUCAUACACCAAAAAAAUAAAAUAUCUAGGUUGUAUCAUGAGUAAUGUUUCUAUUUCAACGUGAAACUUUUUCACUAAUUGUCAAUCAUGCACAUUUUUAAAAAAUCAACUACUCUUUUUCUGUACAGUUGUAUAUUGUAUGUGUACAAUAGCGAUGGAGAUAUACUACCUGGUGUAUUAUGCAUGCUUAUACAUACGUUUUCUUCUGUUGAGGGAGAGAAAAGCGGCGGACCUGCUGCCGCGUGGGGCGAUUUGUGAGCUGUCAGCACUUUGCUCUGACCCGACCGGUAGAAACGAUGCCUUACUUCACACUGUGGAUCUCUGACCACGCCUCUGAUCCACGUGCGGGGGCUUUUCUGCUUCACUGCAGUGUGUUGUGAUCUUACUGUGCUUCUGUCUCUUGUGUUUGGGUUGUGAAGAUGUACAGAACUCUUUUGAGUUUAAAUCUGAUUUGCCAACUGAUUUCAGACCAGUCACUGUAUCAUGCUCAUCGCUGCUUUCCUCCUCCCCCUCAUGCUUCUUCACCCUCGUGGCCACUUUGAUUAUGUGAUUGUGUAAAAGCAUUAACUGAUACAUUAAGAUAAGAUGCAUGCAGUCCCCCCCCCGCCCCCCCCGCCUUCCAGUCCCUCACAGAGUAACCAGAAGCCAUCACCUCGCUGUUCAUUUACUCCUCAUCAGCAGCCGUCUUCACCUCACUGCUCCUCUUAGGUUUCAUUAAGGACAAUAUGGUUUUAUUUCAGAUGCUCCGUCCCAACUACAAAUAAAGAUAAAGGUCUUCAGCA